AUGCCAAAUAGUCCACAGUUUUCUCAACCCAAUGGCAAUAUUCAAGAUCACUAUUACUAUCAAGCUAUUCGAGUUACUGUAGCCACAAGUGGAAAUUACUCUUUCGAAAGUAUAUCUCAUAUCACCACUAUGGGCUAUUUAUACGACACAUCUUUUGAUCCGUCCAAUCCAUUGGCAAAUAUCAUCGUUUCCAGUGAUAAUGAUGGUGCACAAGUAUUUCAUAUCAGUUCUCUCCUUUCAUCCGCGCGCACAUAUAUUUUGGUUGUAACCACUUCUCAAGCAUCUGUUAUGGGUGAUUUUUGGAUAUUAGUCCAUGGCCCAGCUUUGGUCGGUCUUGCAUCAAUUUCACCAUCAGUUGGUCAACGUCCAUGGUCAGAAUGGAAACGCACUGAUACAUCUUGCAUACAACAUACUGGGCAUGAUGUCGAACAAUGUGUAUAUCCAGCAUUUGUCUCUUUACCUGCUGAUCUAGCUAACAGAAGAACACCACAUGGACCUCAACAAGAUCAUAAAUUAAUUGUUGACUCGACUUUUAUUGCAAUUCAUGAACCGCAUGAUUCAGAACAACGUAAAGAAUAUUAUCAUGCAAAAAGUCCAACAAAUUAUGCAAUAAAAGUGAAAGUAGCUGGUGAUUUUCGUCAUCGAAUAGUACAUGUUUCUGAAUGUUACCAUGGAAGUAUACAUGAUAUUACAGUUCUUCGGGAAUCAGGGCUGUUAGAACAUGUUGAAGAAUCUGUACAAAUUAUUGGUGACAAGGCGUAUAUCGGUGAAGAAUAUGUAGUCACUCUAAGAAAGAAACUUCGUGGGCGUGAAUUAACACAAGAAGAUAAAGAUUUCAAUCGUGAUAUUAAUAGUGCGAGAGCAGCGAUUGAAAAUAUUAAUCAACGUCUCAAGGCUUAUGCUAUUCUUGGUAGUGUUUACAGAGGACGUCUCGAUGAUUUUCAUAAAGUAACUAAAAUCAUACAAGUAGUUGCUGCUUUAUGA